AUGCAUUCUGAACUGCAAGGAGAUGCUUCAGUGGUAGAAGAGCUGGGAGAGAAGUCUUCUGAAAAAAAUGAUCUGCAAGGAGAUGUUUCGGUGGUAGAAGAGCUGGGAGAGAAGACUCCGGAGAAAAAAGAUUUGGAAGAAGAAGAACAAACUGGAGGAGAGAAGACUCCGGAAAAAAAGGAUUUGGAAGAAAAAGAACAAACUGGAGGAGAGAAGACUCCUGAAAAAAAUAAUUUGGAAGAAGAAGCUAGGGGAGAGAAGACACCAAAAACUCCAUUUGAGAGAAGAUUAUUAUUUGAAGAGAUGGUUCUUGGAGAAAAAGGCAAUAAGGACAGCGAUUUGGAUCCCCCUUUCCUAUCAACUCCCUUCUGGAAAGGGCAUGUUGAAAUCAGAGGCAAGUGCACUCUGAAGGAAAGAGCAUUUUGGAACUUUAUAAUGGAAGGGGACAACGACAAUGCUGAAAAAACCACAGAAGUCAUCUUUGAAGGAUUACAACUGGCCUGCACAAGAGAGGAUUUCAAGACCUUGAACCUUGGAGAGUAUAUUUCAUCAACAAUUGUUGAUGCUUGGGCGAUGCACUUGAAUUUCAGAUUCCACAGCUUGAAUAAAAAUAAAAAUAAAUUCUGCUUUACAACCAAUGUCAUGAUGGGAUUGUCCUUACAAUCAAUGAGUAACAGAGAUCCGAAUGAAUAUGUGAGGGAAGCAGCUGCAAGGAUGGAUGUCGAGUUCGCAGAAGAAGGGCUUUCAAAUCAUGAUAUCAAGAAUAUCAGCCAUCUUAUUGUCCCAGUCUAUUUUCAGACCCACUUCUAUCUCUACUGUUUGGACUUUGAAAAUAAAAAACUAGGCAUUCUUGAUAACUUGGAUACAGUGUUGAGGGGAAAUGUGCCACUUCAAAACAAGUAUGGCGGAACUAACGAUUUCUUGAAAAAGGUCAUUCAAGCGUACAGAAAAAUGUACAAGAAACCCUUCAAGACCCCGUUCAACAAGCUUGCCUUGAAACUGGUGAACAUGCACUGCGCAGAUUCAACAAACUCAACGGACUGCGGAAUAUAUGCAAUGCAUCACAUGUCCAAAUAUGUUUGUGUGCAUGCAGAUGGCCAUGAUUGCGGAUUCCCUGUGAUAGGCAGUGAUUCAAGGAAAAAGGUCCACAUGAAGAACAAGUUGGACACUUUGCGGGUGAAGUACUUGGCCAAAUUGAUCGAGUCUCCAAUAAACAAGAAAUCAGAUGUUGUCCGAGAGGAUUUGAGUAAUUAUUUCGCUGAAAAGACAAUCGAGUGA